AUGUCUGAAUUAUUGAUUGCAUUUUUUAGCGACGUCUUUGUCCGCUCGGUGGUGACGAAGCCGAUCUGGAUGGUCAUUGUCCUAGACCAGAGCGAGGUUAGCAGCACCCGAAUGCUCCUCGGCCAACAGGUCGCCCGCCUCCUGGUCGCGUCGCUGAGCGAGAAGGACCGUGUCGGUCUGGUCUUGGCCACCGACGGGACGCGCGUCCCACGCCCCCACGCCGGCCCCACCAGCCAGCACCUGGACCUCUACCCUGCCACCCAUGAAACGAAACUGUUUCUGGGUGAACACAUCUACGGACUUCGGAGCUCUCGGAUAACCAAGACGAACCACACUCGAGCCCUGCUAGAGGCCUUCAGGAUCAUCCGCCACGCCACAGAAUCGCAGUUGCGUGGAGGACCUGAAGCGGAUGCACUUGGACCCCCCACAGGUGAACUUGCUUCGGUCGACCCUGUCCAAAUCUCUUUAGCGCUUUCUACUUUGAUUUGUCGUAACUUGCCAAUGUUCGGUUUGGCCAUAGAUGAUGCCUUUUCAGUUUAA